UCAAGGCCAUUCAGGUGCUUCGUAUACACCUGUUGGAGCUGGAGAAGGUGCAGGAGCUGUGCAAGGACUUCUGCAACCGCUACAUCACCUGUCUGAAGGGGAAGAUGCAGAGCGAGAACCUGCUUCGAACUGAGUAUGGAUACGACUCCCCAGGCUCCCCCGACGGUGGAAGCCCCUACAACGGCCACCACCAGCUCCACAUGCACCAUCCACACCCACAGUGACGGCCUUGUACCCUGUAAAUGCCCUUGGAACUCUUGGCCUUUAGCUGUAAAUUCCAAUGUAGUUAGCGCACCAAGACAGGUAUUAACGGGAGAGUAUCUGAGCGGACACCAGCAACAAGCCGCCUCGCGUCUCCAGGUGACCACACAACAUAACAACAACAAUCAUAACAACAACAACAAUAACAAUCACACUAACAACAACAACAAUCACCACCACACGCAGGCAGAGUUCCACCACCAUCAACACCAACAACACCACAGCAACAACCACCACCACCACCACCACCAGCCAUCACUACUACCACCACCACCACCCUCACCACACCACCACCCCCACCACCACCACCACCAUCUCCCCCACCACCACAUACAGGACAGUAGAGGUUCCCCUGGGAUGACCGUCACCACCGCCACCACCACCACGACCACCACCACCUCCACCACCAAGUCCAGUAACCACCACCCCGGCCUUCCACCCACCACUACCACCACGCCCACCACCAUCGCCCACCUCUCGCCCACCACCUCCCUGUCCACGCCCGCCUCACCUACCCUCAUCCAGGGCAGCACACCACUGUCCCAGAUCGGCGCCCACCCCUGCCCGCCGCCGCCCGAGACUAGCAUCGUCAACUUGCUGGCUCCCCUGACCCCCCCAUCGUGCGAGGAGGAGGAGGACGGAGGGAUGCGCCGCCAGAAGAGAGGAGUCCUCCCCAAGCAGGCUACCGCUAUCAUGAAGGCCUGGCUCUUCCAACACAUUGUGCACCCGUACCCGAGCGAGGAUGAGAAGCGGCACAUCGCGGCGCAGACCAACCUGACGCUGCUUCAGGUCAACAACUGGUUUAUUAACGCGCGCCGCCGCAUCCUUCAGCCUAUGAUCGACGCCUCCACCCCUCCCGAACAAAAGACCAAAAAAUCCAAGGCCUACAACCCCAAGGCCUCUGCCACAAGGUUCUGGCCCGAUAGUCUUAUAAGUCUGCAUGGUAAACCACAGAACAAUAACAUCAACAUGGCUUCGUCACUUGCUCCCAAGACUAACCUUAACACGGAAGUGACGGCGAGCCCCACAUCCAUGACGGGCGAGGAGGACGCAGAAGAUAUCGAGGAUGAGGAAGAGAAGACGAGAGAACAGGAGGAAGAGGAAGAGGAGAAGUACAAGGAUGAGAACAGUUUCUUUCGGCCCAAAUCAGAGAGUCCGCUGCGUCAGGAGCUGGACAGUUAGUGGGCCAGGAGGCGCUUGGUCCACCUCGGCCAAGGCCACGUUGGUGCCUUGGCCGAGGCCUCAGCAGACAAACGGACAGACAGACACGCGCGGUCCUUAGCGACGGUCACAAGUUUCUUGAGCAACGAGUUUCUUCACGUUUCAGACAAUAAUCCCUUCAGGAACAUUUUUCAGCCUUUCAUUUGUAGCGAGUCUCAGUGUUCCAUUGCCGUGUUACCUUCGUUGUGCUAGACAGCCAAGACUCCCAGACUUCACUCGUGGAUUUAGUGUUCUUGAUCAGUGGAAAUUGCACACUCACACACACUAACUGUUCAUUGUACAAGUAUUGGCGUUCCCUUAUUGUUGACCCCAUUCAGAACUUUUUUAAUAUCUAAUUCGUAGAAUGACUGCAAUUCCGACAAUAACUUAAACUAAGGAAGUUGUAUUAUCAGACAAAUAGAUUAAUUCAUUUUGUAUACGAAAGGAAGAGAAGUCAUUAUUAGAUUAACUAUUAUUGUGUAGAUUAAUUGAUGUGAAAUAUUUUUCAAGAGACGCAAGGCCCCUCGCGCCGCGCCGCGCCGCGCCGGGCGUGUGGCCGCGAAGGUCGCGAUGACGAGGAAUCACAGCUCACGGCAGCGAGUCUCACGGUAGUCUUAGCGAAGUUUUAUUUAGCCUAACGACUGAACGACACAACGAAAUCUUAACGAACGCGAGAGUAGCGUUGCCGCAGCAGCCACGGAGCCUUAGGUAGUACGCGGCCGUUGACUUGCUGCCGCCGCGCGGGACACGCACCCUCGGGGUCCAACACAACCUCCUCAGCGCCCCGCCGUAGCGGGUCGUCAAUAAAUACGUAAUAGAUUAUAUAUUUUGGCCGAACGUGUGACGCACAAGACUGUCUGACCGUAGCGUGAGCAGCCCAGAGCAAGUAGGUUUAACGUUCUUCUUCCCGAGCCCUCUUCCUCCUCCUGUGAUCUGAGUGCCAAGACCCGCCAGGCCCCAGCCCGGCCGCCCCGGCCCCGCCCCGGUGGGUCCCGCGCCCCGAGGCCCCGCCACACCCGGCGGCGCCGACGGACGCCCCUCAACACUCUCGCCUCUGCGCGCUGGACAGCGAGACCAAGAUGCUGAUGGGAGUGUCGAGGAAACAUUACGAUGAUCGUUGAGCACCAAGGAACCAAAGAAUUCUCAUUCAUCUCACAAUGAUCAGAUACUUAGUCUGAGAGAGAUAUAUACGAUCCUUCCUGUGUGAGGGAAUAACAUUUAUUUUCUCAAGUCGCCAUAAGUUCUUUUAUCAUUCAGGUAUCUGUAACGAAGUAUACGAUGCUGUGCAACUGAUAUAUUAGGUAUACGACUACACUUAUAGGUUAUAUGUAAUGUUAGGGCCUAGAGAGUAACACAUUUAUUAGUUACAGUAUCCCCUCCAUUUGUACUAACCCGUGGCGUGCCGCCGCACGCACACACACACACACACACACACACACACACACACACACACACACACACACACACACACACACACACACACACACACACACACACACACACACACACACACACACACACACACACACACACACACACACACACACACACACACACACACACACUAAUGAAUAUUCUUUGGUUCCAUGUGUUUUCUUUAAGGAAAAGAAUGUUAACACAUUUCCAAGAUGCGUGGUAGUGAGCCCUGCCCCUCACGCCCCCCCCCCGGCCCCGCCGCCGGCCACACCUCAUCAUAAUAUCCCCGUUUGUUAAGUGGUGAUGUGACCCCUGACCCCGAGACUCAUUUGUGACCCGGAAAAGAGUAUGUUUAGUGGUGACCCAGAUGUUGAACACUUGGACCUCUCCGUAGUGACUUUGCCUGCCUGCCCCCCGCCCCCCCACCCCCCACUGUACCUGGAGACGCGUUUGAUGAACUGGCCGCGACGCCCUUCCCGCCAGCCAUCAUGAACACUUAAACGAGCUUGUUGCGCGCCCGUGUUUAUAGUUAAAACAAUUUUUUGAAAGUAAACAAAAAAAAUGUGUAAAAAAAUCCCCAAAAAGAUAAUAAUAUUGAUGAUAAUGAUACUGAUGAUGAUAAUGAUGAUAUCCAUGUUACUUCUUCUAUAAACAAACAUACAAAAAAAUACAAGCAAACAUUUUAUUGGUGAUGUAUCUGUGUGCUUCUGCGUGUUUGUCUAGGACCUCUGUGUGACAAGGACCGGCCGGGCGCGUCCCAGGCCGCCGAGUGCCCUCUGUACGCCAGUCGCCCGGCGCUCCCAGCACGACACACACACACACAUACACACAUACACACACACAUACGAUAACGAUGAUGAUGAUGAUGAUGACGAUGAUGACAUGAAGGUGCAUAUUUCUAAGCACAAUAUGAUAUGCAUAAUUCUGUGAUAAUUUUUCAUGUGAUCUUUUCUCUUUUUCUAUUUAAAUUGCAACGAACAAAUGAUAGCAAUAAUACGCAACGGGACUGCAAAGUCAAAAAAAAUCAAACCCAUAGCUGCGCCAAGCGUUCUUAGUUUAAUAUGGAUUCUUUGGAGAGUGACGCAGGCGGCUGGAGGCGUGAAGGAACCAACUCUUGACAGGAAAACGUGAAAUGAACGAAAAAAAACUCACUCAUGGUAAUAAAUAAAAAAAAAUAAAAAACGAAUCACUGGACACAUGCAAGUCUGAGCUCAUUAAGGGACGGCGCCCACACCUGUCCAGCGUCACCCCCACAGCACCCUUCCGUACGUCAGCUCAACAACCUUAGCCACGGGUGCUGCGACGCUGCUGACGCUGCCGCAAGAGGGCGCUCGUUGCCUCGCCCUCAGUAUACCACGGGUAGGUCGGGCGUCUCUCCCCCUCCCUCCCUCCCUCCAGCCGCCUCUCCACCUCGUAACCGUUUCAGCACGAUGAUUGAAAACAAAGGACAAUGGUUGAACUUCCCCAGGCCCAGUAACUCGUCUCUGAGAUCUUCAAGCUUAAGUUUAGCCCAUCCACGUAAGCCCUAACUUGGUAUAUACUUUGACCCUUCCUUUCCCUCCCCUUCCCCCUCUCACCAAGCAUCCCAACGAGCAUCCAUCGCUUAGGAUUAGUGUUUGAUACGUGGAUGUUUUAACCCGGUGAUGUGAGGGGGAGGGAAGGGAAAGGGAGGUGUUUUUUUUAUUUUUUUCCCUCAGUAGGAGGUAAUUGCUUACUUUUUUUCCUCCUAAUCUGCCGCCGUAUUGAUGUUUCACGAGACUGUUCUUGUUAAAUGCUUCGAUGAUGAUGAUGAUGAUCCGACCCUCGUUAGUUUGUUUGUUUGUUUCUUUGCCGCGGCGUUCUUGAGGAUCCCACGGACCUGUUACUGGCUCUCCCCUCUUCUCCCUGAGGCCAGUUCACUUGUUACAUUCCAUAUUAAUUGCAGAUGUCCUUACCCUAUUGAGCAUUAAGUAAAGUAUCCUGGUUCA